GUCUACUGGUCGCAACUUCUGGUCUACUAGUCGCAACUUCUGGUCUACAGGACACAACUACUUGUCUCCUGGACACAACUACUUGUCUGUUGGGCACAACCUCUACUCUAUUAAAACACAACUACUGGUCUACUGCACACAACUCCUGUCUACUGGACAAGACUACUGGUCUACUGUGCACAAGUCUACAGCUAGGUGCCCUUUGUACAGUUUCCCUGUAUUCUUUAAUUCAGCUAAAACUUUGUAACUUCUAAAGCACAGAGAAGCUUACAGAACUGAUAGAGAUCCUCAGAAAGAAGACGGAUCUUAAAGCAUCAAAGGUUUGUGAAUGCCUACCCAGAUCCAGUAUUAUAACUCUUCACCCUCAGUCACAGGCGUACUGCAGCCGCAAAAUGCUCCUGGUUCUUUUGGGCCGGACAGACCAAGAGAUGCCUACCCUGCUGCCACAGUUCCACGCAUCCGCCCCUCUACAGGGUUUCAGUUUAGAGACGUCUCGCCUCCCCGUGGUAAACCAGUGUGGAACGAUUCGCGCAAAACGGAGGCCUGGACAAAUUCGUUACGGAGAUAUAAAACCAGCCUGAACCAUAGACCUGUGGAGUCUGUGCUGAGUAGACGGGCCCCAUUUGCAGCACGGACCAUGAGCGCCGAUUCUGGUGGCUAUCGAUAUAAAAAUGGGCAUGUGGACACCCUAACUACAUACAGCUCCAUGAAUGACCCUCACUUAUACGAUUACUAUGCCAGGAAAUUUGGCCUACAGGUGGACACACGGCCAUCCUCUAGUAGGCUUGCACUGAGUACUCAAUUCGCCAGAUCCCGACCUGGUUCUAUGGCAGUAAAGAAGGUUCUCUACAAGGUGGUAGUGAAGACUGGCAAUAAGAAGCAGGGCGGUACUAAUGCCAGGGUUUAUAUACGAAUGAAAGGAACCAAAGGGAAACUUAACAAGACCCAGCUGCAUAAGAAAUUGGGGGACAAAGAUUCCGAAUUUAAAUUUGGUAAAGGGUCCACCCAUGCGUUCAAGGUUUACGGCCCAGAAAUUGGGGACAUCAAGAACAUCACGCUGGAACACGAUGGACUGGAGCAGCAGCAUGCCUGGUAUCUGGAUGAAGUCUUUGUUACCAACACCAACAGAGACAAGACAUGGCAUUUCCCCUGCCGGCGGUGGUUUUCUCUGUACCAUGCAGAUUGCCAGCUCAGCCGAACAUUAACACCUGAUAAAACCUCCGCUCAUCAGCUAGACGGCAAACCGGGGGAUCACACUGUGUAUGAAGUGGUCACCAUAACAGGAGAUGUGCGAGGGGCAGGAACGGACGCCAAUGUCUUUGUUACACUGUUUGGAGAGUACGGGAUUACCCCGAAGAUUCAUCUCACCAGCAAGAGCAGAACAGCUUUCGAGAGGACAAAAACGGAUGUGUUCCGGGUAAAAACCAAUAAUGUUGGGCCUCUGAAAAAAAUAAGAAUUGAGCACGAUAACACAGGGAUGAAUGCCGGCUGGUACCUUGACCGCGUGAUUGUCACCGACAUGAACAGACCUCAUCUGCGCUUCUACUUCCCAUGUAACAAUUGGCUGAGCAAGGAAGAUGGUGAUGGGCUGUAUGUCCGAGAUCUGCUGGGAAGUCUUAACCCCAUGGAUGUGCCUAAAGUGAACAAAUAUAUUGCUCGUGUGUUUACUGGCUCAGCCAACGGCAGUGGCACAGAUGCCGAUGUGUUCCUGAAUAUUUUUGGUGAAAAAGGAGACACAGGAGAGAGAAGAUUGGACAAUGAUAAAAACAACUUUGAAAAGGGAUCGGAAGAUAAAUUCACCAUCGAUGCACCAAAUUUAGGAAAAAUUCGAAAAAUCACAAUUGGUCACAACAACAAAGGAGGGUCGGCUGGAUGGUUCCUAGAAAAGGUAAUCAUCGAAGACAUUGGUAACAAGGCGAUCUAUGAAUUUCCUUGCUCGCGCUGGUUCGCCAUUGAUGAAGACGAUGGAAAAAUCCAGAGGGAUCUUCUUGUUGGUGGAAGUGAGGCAACAGGAAUUGUGUAUAAUGUUUCUGUCGUGACUGGAGACAUCCGGGGUGCUGGCACCAACUCCAAGGUUCACGUCAUCCUCCAUGGAUCAAAGGGUUUAAAGAACAGCGGGAAGAUAUUUCUGGAAGGAGGAGAGUUUGAACGAAGGAAAAUUGACAUCUUCAAUAUAGAGAUUGCGGCCCUGCUCAGCCCCCUCAGCAGAGUGACCAUCGGGCAUGACGGCAGAGGUGUCAGCUCCGGGUGGUACUGCGAAAAGGUUAUCGUCUACUGUCCAUUCACGGGCAUUGAGCAGACCUUCCCAUGUGGUAGAUGGCUGGAUGUAGAUGAAGGAGAUGGACUGAUAGAACGAGAACUGUAUGAAAUGGUUUCCCUGCGACAGAAAAGGCAGAAAAAACACCCAUGGUCUCUUUGGAUCUGGACAAGUGACAUGAAAAAUGCAGGAACUGAUGCAAAUAUCCUUCUCCAGAUCUAUGGGGAAAAGGGGAAGUCAGAUGAAAUGAGACUGGAUAACAACUCAGACAACUUUGAAACUGGACAAGUAGACAAGUUCAUGGUCGAGCUUCCAGACCUUGGGAUCCUUUAUAAGCUCAGGAUUUGGCACGAGAAGAGAAAUGCAUUCAGCGGUUGGCAUUUAAAUAAAGUUACCCUGCUGAAAACCCUCACGAAAGAAAAAUACACCUUUAAAUGUGGUCGCUGGCUAGACCUCAAUGAAGACGAUGGCGAAAUUGUGCGAGAACUUCCAGCUGAGGGUCCAUUGGUGGCGAAUGUUUUACCAGUGGUGAAGUAUCGAGUGACCGUUCACACCGGCAAUGUGAGUGGAAGUGGAACUGAUGCUAAUGUCUUCCUCUGUCUCUUUGGAGAUUUGGGGGAUACCGGGGAACGUUUCCUCAUUGACUGCAAGAACAACAUGAACAAGUUUGAGAAAGGCAACGCAGAUGAGUUUAUCAUUGAGGCUGUGUCUCUGCAGCAAGUAAGAAGGGUCCGCAUUGGGCACGAUGGGAAGGGAGGAGGCUGCGGAUGGUAUCUGGACAAAGUGGUAGUGAAGGAAGAAGGGAAACCAGAGACUGAAGCAAUUGAGUUUCCAUGUAACAGGUGGUUUGAUAGGAAUGAGGACGAUGGUCACAUAAUUCGAGAGCUGGUCCCACUUGGAGACUCACAAAAUCUAAGAAGUAUAAGUUACCACUUCCACAUUAAGACGGGAGAUGUCAGCGGUGCCAGCUCUGAUUCCAGAGUCUUUGUCAAGCUGUACGGAGAGAAAGGAGACACCAACAAGCAGUUCCUACUCGUCUCUGACAACGACUUGGCUGAUAACUUCGAGCGGGGACGGGUGGACAGCUUCACUAUAAACACUAUAGACAUUGGGAAGAUCAAUAAGCUGCUCAUCGGUCAUGACAAUGUGGGGAUCCGUGCAGGAUGGUUCCUGGCUAAUGUGGUAGUGGAGGUUCCGGCACAUGGCAAGCAAUACAUGUUCCCAUGCAACCGCUGGCUCUGUAGGGAUGAGUGUGACGGCAAAGUGGAGAUUGAAGUGUACGCCAGUGAAGUGAUCGACAUCGAGAAACUUGUCAAUUAUGAAGUUAAUGUGACCACAGGCAAUGUGCGAGGUGCAGGCACCAAUGCCAAUGUCUUCAUGCAGCUCUAUGGAGACCGUGGGAAGACAGAGGAGACCUCCUUAAGAAGCCGCUCUAAUGAUUUUGAGAGAGGAGCUGUCGACAGCUUUAAGAUAGAGGCGGUAGAUGUCGGGAAGAUUCUCAAGCUUAGGAUCGGUCAUGACGGUACAGGCUUCGGGGAUGGUUGGUUUCUAGAAACUGUUGAGAUCAAACGUGUUGGCGUACAAAUGUUACCAGUUGCCCAACCAGCUGACAAAAAGAAAAAGCCAAACAAAAAGAAGAAAUCCAGCAAAGAAGAAGAAGUGGAGCUGCAGCCAAAGGAAGUGGUAGAGUCGUACAAGUUUGAGUGCAAUAGGUGGCUGGCCCGAGGGGAAUGUGAUGGAGAAGUCGUGGUGGAACUUCUUCCCCAAAAUGCUGAGCUUGAAGAGAACACUUAUGAAGUCCACGUAGUUACCGGCACCGUGUGGGGAGCUGGAACUGAUGCCAAUGUCUUCGUAACCAUGUACGGGGAGAUAGGAGACACCGGUGAACGGCAGCUGAAAAAGUCCAACCACUUAAAUAAGUUUGAGAAGGGACAGGAAGAUGUUUUCAGCAUCAGUGGCAUAGAUUUAGGAGAACUGAAAAAGCUGAGAAUCCGUCACGAUAACUCAAAGGCCAAUGCUGCUUGGUUUCUAGAGCGAGUGGAGAUUAUCGAUAUGAAAGAUGAAACAAGAUACUUUUUCCCAUGCCAAAGAUGGUUGGCAGUGGAUGAAGACGAUGGUCAGAUUUCUCGAAUGCUGGUUCCGGUAAACGAAGCCUUCAUGAAGAAAGAUGAAGAAGGGGAAGAGCAAUCCCUUGCCACCCUGGGAUUGGAACAGAAAGCCAAAUCCACCACAUACACAAUACGGGUGAAGACUGGAGACAAGAAGAAUGGCGGGACUGAUGCCAAUGUGUUUAUAACUCUGUUUGGAGAGAAGGAUGACACAGGUUUUAUGAAUCUAAAAGCGUCUAAAACCAACAAGAACAAAUUUGAGAGGGGGAAAAUCGAUGUGUUCACAGUGGAGGCUGUAGAUAUUGGGCAGCUCAAAAAAAUAAAAAUUGGUCAUGACAACAAAGGCAGCUCUGCUGGGUGGUUCCUGGACUGGGUGGAAGUGGAUGCCCCGUCACUUGGACAACGUUUGAAAUUUCCGUGUGGGCGUUGGCUGGAUAAAACAGAAGAUGAUGGCGCCAUCGAGAGAUACCUGUUUCCUUCAGAUCUGCAGACUGAGCAGUAUACACCCUUUGUUCCCUAUGAGAUCACAGUUUACACAAGUGACAUAUUUGGCGCUGGGACAGAUGCUGAUGUCUUCAUCGUUCUUUAUGGGAGAGAUGGAGUGUGCACCCAGCAAAAAUCCCUGUGUGUAAACAAGCGGGAGCGCAGGAUGUACUUCGAGAGGAAUUCUGUGGACCAGUUCAUUGUGGAGCUCGAGGACAUUGGCGACGUGAUAGAAAAGAUCCGCAUUGGGCACAACAGCACGGGCAUCAAUUCCGGGUGGCACUUGGACAGAGUGGAAAUUCGUAGACUUUUACCGAAUGGAAAGGGCUCACAGACAGUCACCUUCCCCUGUGAUCGAUGGUUGGCCAAGUCUGAAGAUGACGGAGAAACCAUCAGGGAGCUCGUCCCUUCGGACAUCUUCACCGAAAAGCUGGCAAAGGACGGAACUCUCAAACAGAUUGAAAUGGAGGUUGAAGACCCUCUGGAGACUCAUUCAUAUUAUGUGUCUGUAUACACCGGUGACAUCUAUGGGGCCGGCACUGACGCCAAUGUGUUUCUCACCAUAUACGGAGACCUUGGGGACACCGGGGAGAGAAAACUCAGCAAAUCUGAAACCAACUCCAAUAAGUUUGAGAGAGGACAGGUGGACAAAUUCACUAUAGAAGCUGUAGACCUGGGAACCCUCUAUAAGAUAAAAAUCCGUCACGAUAACUCCCUUCUGAACCCCGACUGGUAUUUGGAAAGGGUGGAGAUCCUGAACGAAGUGACAGAGGAGACAUAUCUGUUCUUGUGUGAACGCUGGCUCUCCACCAAGAAAGAAGACAAAAGGAUCGAGAGGAUUCUAUAUGAAAAGGAUUAUGAUGGAGAUAGAAAUAGCGUUGGAAGCUCAGCUAGGAGUUUACGGGGUUCUUCUCUGAGCCUGAGGAGCCAGGAUAACAAUGCCAACCUGAGGAGCAAAGGCAGCUUAGAUGGAUCCAUACAGGAGGGACAAAUGAUCCCCUACCACUUUACCAUCUCCACCGGUCAGGAUAGAGACGCGGGAACCGAAAGUCGAGCUUAUGUUAUCAUUAUGGGUCCCCAGAAGAUAAGAACAGAACGCCUGUGGUUAGACCUACCAAAGGACAAGAAGGGCUUUGCUCCUGGUUCUGUUGAGAAGUUCUCUGUGAUGGGAUUAGAUGUUGGAGAGGUGAAGAGAAUGGAGCUGGGGCAUGAUGGGGCUACUCCUGAAAGCUGCUGGCUAGUGGAAGACAUACAACUCAGUGUGCCUACCAAAGGAGUGAUGUACACCUUUGUGUGCAAAUGUUGGUUUGCCAAAGACAGAGGCGAUGGACUUUCCUCUCGGGUCUUCAACAUGUUAGAUGCUACCGCCAUCACCGUUUGCCAAAAGAUUCUUUACGAGGUUACAGUGAUCACAGGGGACGUUCCUAAUGCUGGGACGGAUGCCAAUAUCUAUAUGACAUGUUUUGGUGCCAGUGGUAACACAGAGGAAAUACUUUUGCCAAAAUCUGGAGACAGGUUUGAAAGAGGCCAGAAAGACACAUUUGUCAUGGAAAUCGCGGACAUUGCCCCUUUUAAGAAGAUGAGGGUCCGCAUAGAUGGGAAGGGGAGUCGGCCCGAAUGGUAUCUCGAACAGAUUAUCUUGAAGAGUACUGUGACGGAAGAAGAGACGGUCUUUACCUAUGGAGAAUGGCUCUCAAAGACGAAGGGUGAAAAGAGAACACUUUCAUGUGAGCUGGCUGCUGUGGUCGAUGGGGAGGAGAUGGUGGAGACCACUACAUACGUCAUACAAGUGAAGACAAGUGAUGUCUCAGGAGCCGGUACUGAUGCCAAUGUAUUUCUUGUGAUUUUUGGAGAAAAUGGAGACUCGGGGACACUCGCUAUGAAACAGUCCAAUAACUCCAACAAGUUUGAGAGGAAUCAGCUGGACACUUUCCGGUUCCCAGAUAUGCUGAGCUUGGGGGAUCUGUGUAAAGUGCGCGUCUGGCAUGACAACUCAGGCAUUGGCCCUGGUUGGCACUUGGAAUUUAUCGACGUCAGAGAUGAGGAGAUGAACAAGAGUUUCCGAUUCCAAUGUGACCGGUGGUUGGCCAAGAAUGCAGAUGACAAGCAAAUCAUUAGAGAGCUUGCCUGUGCCAACAAUGAUAUCCUGGACCUAAAGGAACGCACAUCUUAUGAGAUUGUGACUGUAACAAGUGACAGGGAAGAUGCCGAAACCAAGGAGAAUGUGUGGAUAAUUCUAGAGGGCAAGAAAGGAAGAUCGAAGGAGCUGAUGCUGGAAAACACCUCCAAGAAGAGGAGAUUUGCGCAGAAUGCAACGGAUGUAUUCAAGUUCUCCUCCAAGAAUGUAGGUGACAUUGCUGCUAUAUGUGUCGGCCAUUGUCCUAAGGAUGGAAAGAAAUCUUCAACCAAAGUAGAUUCCUAUUGGCAUGUGAAGGAGAUCACCAUAACUGAGACAGAGCUUGGGAACCAAUACAUUUUCAACUGCAAUGCCAAGAUCCCCCUGCGUAACAAGAGAGACGACUAUAAAGUCUUCGAAUGUGCCAAGACCAUUGAGAGCUUUGCCAGCCGGGCCCGCAGCUUGGUACCAGUAAAGUAUGAAGUAAUUAUAGUGACUGGUUUUGAAAAAGGAGCAGGAACAGACGCCAAUGUCUUCCUCACCAUGUACGGGUCUAACGGUGACUCCGGGAAGCACGCCCUGAAGCAGAAGAUGAGGAACCUCUUUGAGCGUGGGAAAACCAAUCGUUUCUACAUCGAGACCUUAGACUUGGGCGAGGUGAAGAAAGUGAAAGUGGAGCAUGACAACAGCGGCCUUAAUGCCGGGUGGCUGCUGGAGAGGGUGGAGGUGACCAAUUCUGCAACUGGGGUCACUACCAUAUUCCCUUGUGGCAAAUGGUUGGAUAAGAAGAGAGGGGAUGGUGAGAUCUGCCGUGAGCUCUACCCAAUGUACUAAAGACCUUACCCAGUAGACCUGCCACCAAUGCCACGCCUUUCGUAAAUUAUUACAAAAUGUAUUUUAUAUAUACAUAUAUUUUUGUAUACAGACUUUGUAUAAUGUGUAUAGGAUCUUGAGAUAUAUAUAUAUAU